UUUAUUUUUUUUUUAUUUUAGAAAAUUAUUCAUGUAUAUAAUUACUUUUAAAGAUGACUACUGAAAAUGAUGAUAAUUAUAUUGAAAAGGUUGUUUUGUAUUCAUUUAAAAAUCCAUGUGAGCCAGUUGAAUGUCCCAAUCUUCCUUUCAUAGGAAGUUGUCGCAGUGUAGCUGAAUUUCAGAAGUUAAAUAGAGUUGGUGAGGGUACCUAUGGAGUAGUUUAUCGUGCUAAAGACUCAAGCACAGGACAAAUUGUUGCGCUAAAACGAGUUCGAAUGGAUAAAGAAAAGGAAGGUCUACCUAUCAGUAGUUUACGUGAGAUAAAUUUGUUAAUGAGAAUCAAACAUAAAAACAUUGUCAAGCUUAAAGAAGUUGUUGUUGGAAGACCUUUGGAAUAUAUUUUUUUAGUAAUGGAGUACUGUGAACAUGAUUUAGCAGGGUUACUAGAUAAUAUGUUGACUCCAUUUACAGAAUCUCAAGUCAAAUGCUUGCUUAUUCAGCUUUUACUUGGUACUGAAUACCUUCACAACAACUUUAUUAUUCAUAGAGAUAUUAAAAUGUCAAAUCUUUUAAUGACAAACAAUGGAACUUUAAAAAUAGCGGAUUUUGGAUUAGCACGAACAUUUGGUAAGUCGGGUAAGUUAAUGACACCUGUAGUGGUGACCCUUUGGUAUCGAAGUCCAGAGCUUUUACUAGGUUCACGACUCCAUUCACCUAAGGUAGAUAUAUGGGCUAUUGGUUGUGUCAUGGGUGAACUUCUAUUGUGCAAGCCUCUGAUGCCAGGAAAAUCUGAGAUAAAUCAAAUGCAACUUAUUAUUGAUUUACUUGGUUCACCAAAUGAAAAAAUAUGGCCUGGUUUUGUCAAUCUUCCAGGUGCAAAAAAUUUUCAGUUUAAACACCAGCCUUACAACAAUGUCAAGCAGCGCUUUCCUUGGCUAUCCAGUUCUGGAGUUUCUCUGAUGAAUAGCAUGUUUACAUUUGAUCCAGAACAACGUAUAUCUGCCCAAGACUGUCUAGAAAGCUCUUAUUUUAAAGAUAAGCCCCUACCUAUUGAGAAAUCACUUAUGCCAACAUUUCCUGAACACAGAAAUUUUCGCGGUAUUUGGAAAGAAGAAAAAGCAGGAGUAUCAGAGGUAUCCAAAAACAAAUACGAAUGUAAAAUAAAAACUAAAGUUACAAAAAAACUUGCUCAGCAUUUGAAAUCUAAAAACUCUUAUAAGAGAUAGUUUAUAAUCAAUUUAUUUUUUAUUGUAAUUUUAUACUGUAUCUAUUAUAUUUAUUAAUCUUA